AUUGCAAAGUCAAUGAAUGAAAACUAAAUACUCGUACCUAUAAAUACGGAGAUAGUCAAGCUGGAUCAUUAUAUCAAGUGAAUUGACAAAGAAACCAGCAUGGAAGAUCAGAAGAUGAAGCUCCACUGUGGCUUUAUCUUUUCUAAUUGGACAGCUAUGUUUGGUCUCCAUGAAAAAAGUCUUGACUUCGAACUUGUCUUCGUAGAUUGGGUUGCUGGUGAAGCCAGAACCAAAACGUUUCUCUCUAAUCUCAACCCAUUUGGUCAAGUCCCGGUUCUUGAAGACGGGGAUCUUAAACUUUUUGAAUCAAAGGCGAUCACACGUUACCUAGCAGAACAAUACAAAGACGUUGGAACAGACCUAUUACCAAAUGAUGCCAAAGAGAGAGCAAUCGUAUCCAUGUGGAUGGAAAUAGAUACAAAUCAGUUUCUUCCUUUAGCAUCAACUCUCAUCAGAGAACUCGUCACAAAACCAUAUCAAGGGUUAGCCACUGAUUUUACGUCGGUUCAGGAAAACAAAGAGAAGCUAUCAGAAGUCCUAAACAUCUAUGAGGCUCGUUUAGGCGAGUCUUGUUAUUUAGCCGGAGAAAGCUUCACGUUAGCUGAUCUUCAUCAUCUCCCACCGAUUCACUACAUGUUAAAAAUGGAAGAAGAAGGCGUGAAAGACUUGAUAUAUUCACGUCCCAACGUAACCGCAUGGGUUGAGAAGAUGCAGUCGAGACCCGCUUGGCUAAAAACAGUCGUCAAAGGUGAUCAUAUCUUUGAGUUGAUGAAACAACGCCGUAUGCCUAUGCAGUUAGAUUCGCCAUGUCAAGAGGUGACCGGUCUGGCUCAGAAAACUGCGAUGGUGACUGAGAACACUUAAGUAAAGAGUGAAUCCUCAUGGUCCAUUGUACGGUCCAUUUUGUGUGUUUUCUUUUUAUCCAAAAAUAUCAUCAUGUGUUUGUAUUUCUAAUAAGAAUCCACCUUGUGAUGUAAGUUUUUAUUAGUAUGUGAUUGUAUUAAAUAUAAUAACUCACCUUGUGAUUUAAGUUUGUAACUAUUGUACUUUAGCAAAAACCUAGUAUAUAUUAAAAUUAAGAAAUAUUCAUCUA